AUGAAGGACGCCGACUUCGUACCCAACAACUCCAGUCUCAAGCCCAAGAAUGAGUCCAAUAGACGAGGCCGAGUCGGAAAACCCUCCUCUCCACCACAAGCGGGAGGCACCCGCGGCGGCAAGCAGAAAGGCGGCGCCGGCGGGCCAGACAGGUGGAACAUGAAGAUUCCCGCGUACCGAGCCAGAAACAACAACCGGCAGCUGAGCAUCAUCUCCGCGGCAUCGGCAACACUCCCGGGGCAGGACGCAGGACCGUGGUGCGACAAGUGCACCAGCCUGAACCGCCAGCUCCACGGCUACCUGCUCGAGAUCCUGAAGGACGGGGAGGACGCCGUUGGCAAGUGGGCCUACGCGGUCGGUGCUUCUCCUGACCAGAUGGACUGCGAGCCCGCGCCGGAGAGAAUCAUCCCGGAGGGCUUCCGGCGCUGCAGUCGACAGCACCAGCUCUGUGGCGUGAGGACAGAGGGCGAUGCGGGAACUGCUCUGUCUCCUAUACCAUCCAGGUGGCCUGUCACCACGUCCCCUUCCGCAGUCUACUCGGGGCAGCCUGUAACUGCACCCGUUCCGGCCUCGGCUGGUGCUGGUCCAUGCUCCCAGCUCGGCUCGAGGUCGGACCUCGCCCAGCGGAUGCAAGAGACAAAUUCUGCUCCUGCCGGCGGUGCCCUCCAGAACCGCCAGAGCCUUUUCGCAAUUCCCGAGCACGCGGAUUCGUUCGCUCAAAGGACUGGACCUCCGUCGCAGGCGCAACUGCCAGCUCCACAACCGCUUCAACCGCCGUGGAACGGUGCCUCCCAACGACCUGUCGCCAUGUAUCCUAGCUGUGGCCCCUUGCAGAACACAACGUAUCACUGGGCUUAUCAGCAACGCAAUGUGCCCAAUGCGCCGCCAGAACACAACAACCCCCAGAAUAUGGGGACAAUGCACAGACCGCCUGGUUCGAUGGCUUACAACGAGGUCGUGAGUGGUAUUGGCCAGGGCCGGGUGGUGCAGGAAGUGCAAAGUUCAUCGGACUCAGAUGUUCCCAAGUAG